AUGUUUUCCAAGCUCUCCGUUAAUACUGUCAAAAGAUCUUUCUCUUCUUCUUUCAAGCGUUCCUAUGCUUUAACACCUUCCUCACAAGCUCUAAUUUCUAAAGGUGUCAAAGAUGUCGACCCUGAAAUGUAUGAAAUCCUACAAUUGGAAAAGGCUAGACAGAAGAACUCCAUUACUUUGAUUCCUUCUGAAAACUUUACCUCUAAGGCUGUCAUGGAUCUACUGGGUUCUGAGAUGCAAAAUAAGUAUUCCGAAGGUUAUCCUGGCGAAAGAUAUUACGGUGGUAAUGAGUUCAUCGAUAUGGCUGAAUCUCUUUGUCAAAAGAGAGCCUUGGAAGCCUUCAAUUUAAAUCCAGAAGAGUGGGGCGUUAACGUUCAGUCCCUAUCUGGUGCUCCAGCCAACUUGUACGCUUAUUCUGCCAUUUUGGAAGUUGGUGACAGAAUUAUGGGUCUUGACCUUCCACAUGGUGGCCAUUUGUCACAUGGUUAUCAAACUCCAACUACUAAGAUUUCUUACAUCUCGAAAUAUUUCCAAACCAUGCCUUACAGGUUAGAUGAAAGCACUGGGUUGAUCGAUUAUGACACUUUAGAGAAAAAUGCACUUUUAUUCAGACCUAAAGUUAUUGUUGCUGGUGCUUCUGCUUACUCUAGAAUCAUUGACUACAAGAGAAUGAAAGAAAUUUCUGACAAAGUUGGUGCUUACUUGUUAUCUGAUAUGGCACACAUCUCUGGUUUAGUUUCCGCUGGCGUCACCGACUCUCCAUUCCCAUACUCUGAUAUAGUCACAACCACUACUCAUAAAUCUUUAAGAGGACCAAGGGGUGCCAUGAUCUUCUUCAGAAAGGGAAUCAGAAAAGUGACGAAAAAGGGUAAGCAAAUUCCAUACGAAUUGGAAAAAAAGAUUAACUUCUCUGUUUUUCCAGCACAUCAAGGUGGUCCACACAAUCACACAAUCUCAGCCUUAUCAGUUGCAUUGAAACAAGCUCAAACCCCUGAGUACAAGCAAUAUCAAGCAGAUAUUGUCAAGAAUGCCUCUAUUUUUGCCGAUGCUUUGAAGACUAAGGGCUUUGAUUUAGUGUCUGGUGGUACAGAUACCCAUUUAAUCUUGGUAGAUUUAAGAUCCAAAGGUAUUGAUGGUGCAAGAGUUGAAGCUGUCCUUGAAAGGGUUAAUAUUGCUGCGAACAAGAACACUGUCCCAGGUGAUAAAUCAGCUCUUUUUCCAUCUGGUUUAAGAGUUGGUACACCAGCAAUGACCACAAGAGGUUUCUUGGGUGAGGAGUUCAAACUUGUUGCUGAUUUUAUGGAUAAAGCUGUUAAAAUUGCUAUUGACCUUAAGUCCAAGGAGCAAGGUUCUAGUCCAAAAGAAAAGUUAAACAACUUCAAGAAACUAGCGUCUGAGGACCCUCAAGUCAAGUCUCUCGAUGAAGAAGUUGUUAAGUUUGUUUCUAAGUACCCAGUGCCAGGAGAUUUAUAA